AUGCUGUCCAUGGUGCUGAAAGUGCACAAAGCAGGCGACAGCGUGUCUGCCGAGUUAGUGCUGCAGAAAGCUUUAGACCGCGAGAAGCAGCCUGUGAUCCCCAUGACACUGAUAGCAGUGGAUGGGGGGAGUCCUCCGAAAUCAGGCACCUCACAGCUCGUUGUUAAUGUUUUAGAUAACAAUGACAACAUUCCGAUAUUCAGCGAAACGUUGUAUAAGGCAAAAAUUCACGAAAACGCUCCCCUGGGCACUAUAGUAAUCGCCGUCAACGCCACCGAUGCAGACGAGGGCCUGAACAGUGAGAUUGUGUAUUCACUGAGAAGCAAGGAUCAAGAUCGUGUACUUGAUGUGUUUGAAAUUGAAAGUCAAACGGGGGUCAUUAAAGUAAAAGGCCACAUAGACUUUGAAGAAAGAAAAGCCUUCGAGAUACGUGUAGAGGCCAGUGACAGAGGUCAGCCCCCGAUGUCUGCUCAUUGCAAGGUGCUGGUAGAAGUGGUGGACCUCAACGACAACGCUCCCGAGAUCACGGUGACGUCACUACAUAACUCAGUGAGAGAGGACGCUGAAGCAGGUACCGUAGUUGCGCUUGUGUCAGUCCUCGACAGAGAUGGAGGAAAAAACGGCGACGUGAAAAUCCAAAUUAAAAAUGAGGUUCCAUUCAAACUCGAAACAAACUACAAAAACUAUUAUUCUUUGUUAGUUUACGGGAACCUGGACAGAGAGAGUGUCUCUAACUACAGCGUCACCCUAAUCGCCACUGAUAAAGGAGACCCGCCACUCUCCGGCACGAGUGUAGUUUCCAUACACGUUUCUGAUGUCAACGAUAACGCACCUCGGUUCCCAGAGCCCCGAAUAAAUGUAUACGUGAGUGAGAACAGCCCAGUGAGAGCAGUUAUUAAAACAGUGACUGCGACUGAUGCUGAUAUUGAGCAGAACAGCAAGGUGAGCUAUUCAUUUUUACAAAGUAACAGUAACCUAUUACCAACAUUGCUGAACAUCAACUCAGAGACCGGAGAUAUAGUCAGUCUACAGUCUUUUAACCACGAGGAGCUAAAAACGUUUCAGUUUAAAGUUCAGGCCACAGACUCUGGUGUUCCUCCGCUCAGCAACAACGUGACUGUGAACGUUUUCAUCCUGGAUGAGAAUGACAACAGUCCCGCGAUUCUCGCGCCCUAUUCCGAGCACGGAUCCGUUAACAGCGAGAGCAUCCCCUACUCUGCUGAAGCGGGAUACUUUGUGGCAAAGAUCAGGGCCGUAGACGCAGACUCUGGAUACAAUGCGCUGCUCUCUUACCACCUCUCUGAGCCCAAAGGUAACAACCUCUUCCGCAUCGGAACCAGCACCGGGGAAAUCAGGACUAAGAGGAGAAUGAGUGACAAUGACCUGAAGACUCACCCCCUGGUGGUCCUGGUUUCUGAUAACGGAGAACCCUCCCUGUCGGCUACUGUGUCUAUCGAGGUGGUGGUGGUCGAAAGCACAGCUGACAUCCAGACUCAGUUCAGACAUGUGCCCAUAAAGGAGGAGAGCUUCUCCGAUUUAAACCUGUACCUGCUGAUCGCCAUCGCGUCGGUGUCACUGAUCUUUCUGCUCAGCCUCAUCAGUUUAAUAGCGGUCAAGUGCCACAGGUCAGACGGCAGUUUCAGCAGGUACGGCGCCCCAAUGAUCACCACCCACCCUGACGGGAGCUGGUCUUACUCUAAAGCUACUCAGCAGUACGACGUCUGUUUCAGCUCAGACACACUCAAGAGUGACGUAGUGGUUUUCCCCGCACCGUUUCCGUCUGUAGACGCGGAGCUGGUCAGUAUUAACGGAGGAGACACGUUUACCAUGACACAGACACUGCCCAACAAAGAAAAGACUUAA